AUGCCUUACAUCCAAGGACCAAACAAGAAAGUUUCUUUUUUGAUAAUAACAGGUGGUGUAGGUGUUGGCAAGUCAACACUCAUUCAUCGUUUAGAGACACUCUAUCAAAAUAAAAUUGGGAUUGUCAAAGAAUUCAUCGACUUUUCGCCAACAAAAGGAAAAGCAUACUUAGAAGACUUUCUCAGAGGAAAAAUGAACUGUUUUGAGUUUCAGUGCUUUGUUUUGGAUUGUUACAAUCAACAACUCAAAGUAUUAUGUAGCACAAAGAGCAUUGUUGUGUUAGAAAGAGGUCCAUUUGAUUCGGUUGGUGUUUUCACAAAACAAAGUUUAGUCGAUGGUGGAAUCACACAAGACGGUUAUGACAGACUAAUGCAGAAAGUCAGAGAGCUUGAAACCCAAUAUGGAAUACCCUCAUCUUCUCAUUUGAAAAUAGAAAGAAAGGAUAUGGCUACUCUAGAUGAAGAAAGUGUAUUCAACUCAAUAAAAAACAACAUUUUUAAAACUGUAGAAAACUCAUCAGACUUACUUGUCUACUUGUAUUCUUCCAACCCACAGAAACAACUUCAGAACAUUGCAAAAAGAGGGAGACCCGAAGAAAGAAAUUACAACAUAGAUUAUAUGCUUAAAAUAAAUCAAGCAUAUGCAGACCUAUUUUCUGCUUGA